AGGUCCGAAUUGGAAUCUCACGCUUGUGCUUGCUAUAAGUAACCACGACUCGGCGCGCGGACGCGAUAACCCCCACCGGAUUGUGUAGGAGGUUCCACUAAUCAUGCUAUGGCAACUCAGCAUAUUCCAAUUCAUGGUAAUUACCACGGCUACUACACACGGCGACCAUUCAUAAACGACCCACGACUUGCUUUACUACCUGAAGACUUAUUCUUUGGAAAACGCGUGCUAGAUGUCGGUUGUAACGAAGGCUGGGUUACAGUGGAAAUAGCACAGAAAUGGCAUGCAAAGAAAGUCGUUGGUGUAGAUAUUGACGAUACACUCAUACGGGCAGCGUGGAGAAGAAGAUUAGCGGUCUGGUCUCAACAAGGCCCGAACGAGAGUACGGGAGAGCUCAGCGAGAAAAAACGCAAACGCUCGUCACCUUCAGGAGUCCCCAGAAAUGUACACAAACCAGACUAUUUCCCUUCCUCUCUUGAACAUAUGUUUGGUCCUUUACCCGUACCGCCUUCAGAGAACCGCGGAAAGAACGUCUUCCCGCACAACGUAUCGUUCCGUGUUGGGGACUGGGUCAACAAGUCUGAUGCUGUACCGGAGGAUCAAGAGGGAUACGACGUCGUAGUCGCCUUCUCGAUAUCCAAAUGGAUUCAUCUACAUGGAGGGGACGAGGGUCUGGAGAUAUUUUUUCGACGCGUCUACGACGUCCUUACACCGGGUGGGGUCUUCAUAUUGGAACCCCAGGCCUGGGAUUCAUACAAGAAGGCUAGACGAAUAGUUCACAGUGCCGAUGCUCACUCACAGUCGGAGCUAAAAACUCGUCCUGAGGACUUCCCUGGAAUUCUUCGGGAACUUGGGUUUGGCCCCGUGAAACGCGUUGGAACUGUUGGGGAGGAAGGAUUCUGUCGUCCAAUCGAUAUGUAUACUCGGAUAGCGUGAAUGAAGACACCAUUGGACAGGCGUUGACAACAUUCAGCUACAAAAGAUCCCUGGGUUCAAAGUCACCCUACGAAUCGGUUUGGCUUGGGAUUUUGGGCAAACGAUGAAGGCAAACAUGAUGUCCCUCGCGCUUUUUAUAGCUCUAUAGCCAGUCGCGGAACUUGGCGUUCACUCGAACAAGUACCGUGUAACUUAGAACCCUUACAACACCCACAACAUUUGAGCGAUCGACACA